AUGAACGAUAUUCUAAAUUUUUCUGAUAUCAUUUAUGAUGAAAAUGAUAACAAAAAUGAUGUAAAUACUGAUGAAAAUGAUAUAAAUGACGCCAGCGAUAUUGAUGAUAAACCUGAUAGUUUAUUGAAAGAUAUAUAUACUGGGCAAACAUUUACAACAUUUGAAGUCUUUGAGGAAUACUUAAAACAAUAUGCAAAAAACAGGUUUUUAAAUAAGAAUAGUAAAUAUGAACCUAAAAAAAAUGUCGAUCCUACACAUAAUCGAAACCAAGAAUCAGCUUGUAUUGGUUGUGGAUUUCUUGUAAAUGCAGCAUAUUGUAAAUGUCUAAAUUUAGUAUUUAUUAACAAAUUUUUUAAUGAACAUAAUCAUACAUUACAAAGUACAAUUGAUCUCCAAGAAUUUUCACCUAUAUCAUGCAAAAUACCAGAUGAUAUCAUGAAAGAAAUACAGUUUUAUGUUCAAGAAUGUCAUUUUGCAGUUGUUUGUGAUGAAACUGUAUCAACAUAUGAAUGGAUUUUAGAACAAACAAUACGUGUCACUGAAGGCCUUCAACCUGCAAUAAGAUUCAUAGAUGCUGAUCCUGCUAUGCAAGUUACAAUUAGCAACAAAUAUCCUGAAACGAUAUUAAACAAUAAAUGGGAUGAUUUUAUUGGAGAAUUUUAUGCUUUGCGUAAUUCACUUGUUGUAUCAGAUUUUGAGAAUCGUUGGGCUGAACUAAUGAUAAAAUUUCCCAUAUUUUAUGCAAAUACACAUUCAACUCAACGAGUGGAAAGAAUGCCACAAGUUUCUAGCACAAUUUUUAAGCCUAUUGAUGAAAUUUGUAAAAAGUAUCUCACACCAAAUUCAUUAGCUCUACAACAAAAGCAGAUGGUUGAGGCUUUUUUAUAUAAAACUUUGUUUAAAGAAAUCAGAAAUAUGGUAUUACAGGAUAAGAAUCAGUAUAAUAUAGGAUUUGUGGAAGAUGAUUAUGAGAAGCCACAAAUUCUACUUGAUAUGACUCUCAAGGAUUGUUCAAAUGGGUUCGUGAAAAAAAUUUGGAAAAUUAAACAUAUUCAAAGUAAAACAAAUCGAUCACAGUUUAUUGUAUUACUUGAUGAUGGAACUCAUUACUGUACAUGUCUUUAUUUAAUUUAUGCUGAAUUUGUUCUGCAGACAUUUUUUGCAGUAAUGUUGCAAUCAAAAAUUGCACAGUUGAAUAUCAAACUAAUUCCUUCCCAUUGGUAUUCUAAAGAAGGUCUUACAACAACAGAAAAUAAAGCUUUAAACUUGGCAAUUGAAAAUAAAUCUAUUCGGACUUUUGAAGAAGUUUUACAACAGUUUAUUAAAGUACAAAUAGAUAUGAUGCGAAAUGCAGAUCAACACAAUGACAUACUUAGCGAAACAAAAAUUACAAAUCCACUUCAACAUAAAGGAAAAGGUAGACCGGCUAAUAAAAGAUAUCUAUCAGCCAUUAAAAACAACUCAAACAGCAAAAAUGGAGAUAUUCAAGAAGACACUUCAAGAAAAAGAAAUAAGAGACAAUGCUUUAUUUGUAAAUCAUGGUAUCAUGAUUCACGAAAUUGUCCUGAAAAAACAAAGAGAAUAAUGCUUAGUUUAUAUAUGAUGACUUGA